UUUCGACAAAAACUCCUGAUUUGUUUGCCAUGCGAACCCACUUGCCGCGUGGGAGGUUGCAUUGUGCAGUCCCAUCGAGAAUUUCGAUAAAACUCCUGGGUGUUUACCAUUGCGCCAGUGGUCCAUUUGCCUCCGUUUCUCUCCUCCCUUCCCCGUUGCGCGCGUAGUAUCUUCUUUGCGAGUUUCCGGCCACCACAUUCUUUUGAUCAACAACUUUCCCACCCCUUCCACUCUUUUAACUUAGACUUAUUCGUAAAGUUCAAGAUCAGCAAACAACGAUCCAGUUGAUUAUCAUAAUCGUUAUUCAACGUCCGCUCUUUAUUUCGAAUUUACAGUUAUACCACCUACCUGUAAAUCCAUCCCAAGUCCGUCAUAAUGGCCGUCCGAACCGCCGAAGUAGCCGCCCCUGCCGUCAUCACCGCACCGACCGGCACCCCCGUGCCCGUCGCGACGGUGGCACUCACGACGACCUUUACGCCGCCCGCAGAAUGUCACGAUAACCACUUGACCAUGUUGGUCGGCGCCCUCGAGAAGAUCUGGAUUAACGAGCCCGUACCUCUGCCCAACUCGACCCUCGCAUCCUGCCAUCCCACGCAAUGGGUCAACGGCUACUCAUCCGCCCUCUCCGCAUCCAGCUCCAUCGCACCCUACAUGAGCCCUCUCGUCUGCCCGAGCGGUUACAGCACAGAGAGCAGCACCUGGUCGAGCGGCUACAUUGCCUGCUGCGCUUCCGGCUUCACAUUCGCCGCACCCUCCAAGACCGCCGAUGCUGAUCGCCCGGCUUACGGCGGCACAUGUUACAGCAACUUCGACCUCAGCCAAACCGCCACCGUCACCGUCUACAACCCCGAGGAGCUCUCCACCACCAUCGCUUGGGUCGCGACAACAACCCCCGCACAGGCAUACGCCCACCCCAUCGACGGUAUCGCAGCAGACUACACACCGGGCGCCUCCACCUCAGGCUCAUCCGGAUCAACAAAGACCAACAGCGCCGGCGUGGCUGUCGAGACGGACAAGAACGCUGCGCCUAGACUCGGAGGCAACUCGAGGGCGGCAUUCGUUAUUGGAUUCCUUCUUGCGAGUGUGAUGAUGUGGUAGAUUCCCCCCAACUAGCCAGCCCACUGGCAGGCAGCCGGUUGUGAUCAGCGACUACUACCAAUAUGUUACGACUUAAGAUUCUGCUUCUUCAACUACCGGAUUAUCGAGGGAAAACGGCACUUCGCCAGGUCAUGUCAUUUUGCAAUAUUACGAAAGAAUAUUCUUUGGGUCUACCUUACCUCUCUAGUAGCUUUUUAUACUACAUAAUUUUCAACCACCCUCUGCGAGCGUAUGCUUGUCACCGCGUGGAAUCAUCAAUCAUUCCAAGUCCACAU